AUGCCCUCUCAUAUGAACGAUAGGCUGCUAUGGCUAUGCCUAGGUGUUUCUCUUUUCUUCGCUGUUCGCGGCAUAGUCACGGACCUCCGCCGAGUGCGAGAUCUGACGGAGAUUAAGCAUGUCGAGAAGGAAGAUAAGAUGAUCAGUGAAGGCACGGAGGAUGCCCUCAAACUGGACACAUUACUCAAGCUCUCUGAGAGCACAAGUUACGACCUCCGGGCAGCUGCUUUGCGUAUCAUCGCUGAAAGAUCUACAAAGGGAGAAACGCGAGAUUUGCUUCUGAGGGACCUUGCUAGCACAGACACAGAGAGACGAAGCAAAGCCCUUAGUGCGAUGUACUUUUUAGUAUCUAAUCGCUCACGUACGGAUCUUGCAUAUUCAGCUUCGUGA